UAGGGUAUCAGAUUUCAACGCUGAAUUUUCUGUCUUCUGUCACUGACUUGUUUGCUGGCUGGGUGUAUUCAUUCUUCUAGAAAACGUCUCAGGUGACGACUCAUUUUUUAAGUAGAAGCAAACUCACCCGAAAAGCACUUUUUCUUCUCUACCGGAAUUUGUUGAUCACUGUCAUGGGGCAACUAUGUACAGUUACAAAGAAAACUGGAUCUACAAAAGAUGAGGGAUCCACCAAAGACAGCGGCUUUGAGAAGGAGUUUGUGGAAACUCACAACACGUAUCGCAGGAAACACGGAGCACCGCCGCUGACGCUGAGCCGAGACCUGUGCAAAUCUGCGCAGUCGUGGGCGGAUCACCUGCUGUCCGUCAAAAAGAUGGAGCACAGCGAAACCGACGAGGGAGAGAACAUUUACUAUGCCUGGAGCUCCGCCCCAAAGAAACUCACAGGAAAGGAGGCAGUAGACAGCUGGUACAGUGAGAUCAAAGAUUACGACUUCAGCAAACCGGGACCCAGUAUGGACACUGGGCACUUCACCCAGGUGGUGUGGAAGAGUUCGGAGGAGGUGGGGGUGGGUCUGGCCACCGACGGAAACACUGUGUUUGUGGUGGGCCAGUACAGCCCUGCGGGGAACAUCACCACUGUGGAGUACUUUGAAAAUAACGUCCUGCCAGCAGUGGGAUGAGCACCUGUGAUCCAUCAGAGGUGGCAAACCAUGUGACGGGUGACAGCGAAGAGGCCUAAGGCCAGAGGAGCUGAAUUUGUUUAAAAAAUGGGCUUCUUUUUAUUGAAAUUAUCACCCCGUCCUUUUUCGACAAAAGAACUGUCAUCUCUAUGGUUAAAACAUCGUCCUCACUGUCUUGUUUUAAUGAGAACUGUAGUCGUCAUGACUCCGAUGUUACCCUCUCUGUCGCUUUUCAAACUAGAGGAUCAUAUUCACUUUCACUCCAAACUAAUCAACCCAUUUCAAUUCACCAGCGCCUUGUGUGACAAAUGUGCCUCGACUGUGAAAUUAUAGGCCUUCAUCUUUGCCCUUCUCUGGAACUCUGUGGGAAGAAUGCUGCCUCACUGGUUAUUAAGCCUUUAACUGCCAGCUCUGCCGAGCGAUGUAUUUAUUUGUGUAAUUAGGAACAUAUGCAAAAGGCAACGAACAAAUCAAGCAAAUAAAUAUAAUUCAUAUGCAGAAAUAUAUGGACACAUAAGCUACAUUUGGAAACAAAAAGAAGGCCAACCACUGCCACUGUUAAAGGGUUAAAUAUUUUUUUUGAAUUUUUUU